AUGGUUGUAACUUGGGGUGAACCUUUACUAACAACUGAACCAACUAUUCUGGAUAUUUCAUGGGAAGAAUGUUUACAAAAGUGUUGGAGUGAUGGAAGAUGCGUGAUGAUCUAUGACAACACUUCAACCUGUGAAUACCACAGUAUCCAACAAGUGACCACUGUUCAGAAACUAUCGGAAAAUAAUAACAGUCGAGUGGCAUUCCGAGUGCCGUACUCUGUCAAUGAAACAUGUGAGGGAUCCGAUAAUGAAUCGAUUUUGAGAAGUGGCACUGUUCAGAGUUUUUAUCAGGGCGCAGUACAAAUGUUUCCGUAUGAAGUGACUCUGCAGAACGAUAUCUGGAAGUUUACACCAGAAUUCAGUUGUGAAUUCCCAUCUUCACCUGUACAACGUGGGAAUGUAACAGUUUGCAUGGAAGUUGUUCACACUACGGAAUGUAUUAAUAGAACUGAAGCCGCAGCAAAAUGUGGAAAUCUUGGAAUUCCGGAUAGUUUGAUGGGAAUAGCAAGCAAGGAAGAGAAUCAGUAUCUCAGAAGCAUUUCGACGAACUACGUCUCAAAACAAAAAACUCCAACCUACUAUACAGAAUUUGAUUUUUCUGAUCCCACUGCUCCCGACCCACAAUUUGACUGGUUACCCAACCAACCGGAUGCUCUCACUGCCUAUGAAGCCGAAUCCAAUUGUUUAUAUUUGAGAUUUGGAUCCGAAGCCUACGUUGCUAUUGGAGAUACUCAAUGCACUGACGUUGUCUUUCCAUCUAUUGACAUGUGCUAUUCAGGAUAUCUUUGUGGAAGUGACGCAGUAAAGAACUAUUGA